AUGAAUUCUACUGCAAAUUCAAAUUUUAACGGGGGAUAUAAUGAAAACGCGGAACCAGGAUUCUGCGCUGUAUGUGCAACCGGUGUUAUUAGCAAUGGAUCUGUCACACUCACGAUAUUAUGGAUACUAGCGAAAAAGAAUUCAAAUGGCAUUGAUACGAAUUUUGUCCUGAAUUUAUUAAUUGCGGAUUGGUUGCAGAGUGUUGGUUUCAGCAUGAGUUUGUAUUGGAUGGCAAUAAGUGACAUUACACCUGGUUUGUAUUGUGAUAUUCAAGGUGUGAUUAUGAGUAUUGGAGGGAUGGGAUCAGAUCUUCUUUUUGGUCAUUUCGGAAUACCGGCUCCCUAUUCAUUACUUGUGGUGUGCUCAUGCAUCUUCUCACUCAAUGGCCUGACGGAUAGCAUAAUUUAUGGUUGCCUUACGUAUAUUGCAUCGUUAAAACCGGUUUUCGAGCAUCACAGUAAAGAUCACAAAAAAAAAUAUCGAUACGAUGAUGAUAACGACCUUGCCAAUAUGAAUAACGAUAUUGAGGAAAAUAGUGGAACAAAAAAUCAAAGUGAAGAAGAUUUCUGCGAAGUUAUAGGAGAGAUUGAAGAGAUAGCUAAUGAUGGAA